AUUGAAUCGACUUUUACAUAUUCCUAAAUAUAGCCUUCUGUCUCGUUUUACCUGACAAAUUAUUCAUUUUAAUUCGUUCCAAAAAAUGUCAUUUUAUUUUAUUUUACACUACUUAGAAAUGAUUUAGCAUCACAUAUUAUGCUGUAACACAUGAAAUAUGAUGGAAGGAGUAAUAAUUUGAGCUCCACUCCCUCAUCAGAUCGAACCGCUGAAACGUCGCCGUACUGUUGGUCCAACCAAACUUCAACUCCCAGUCUCUUCUGUUCUUCCCCAAAAUCCCAGUUAUAUAUAGAGAGAGAGAGGGAGAGAGGGAGAGAGGGAGAGAGAGAGAGAGAGAUUUUGCGUCUCAUUUUUCGAAUUUGUUGUUAUUUGGAAACCCUAACAAUUUGGGAUUUAGGAAAGUAUUGAGAGAGAUUUGGUGGUUUUGAGGAAUAAUGGUGGGUGCAUCACCACUGGCAGGAUUACAAGAUCAUGUGAAAUUGGCUAGAGAAUAUGCUGUUGAAGGUCUUUAUGAUACUUCCGUUAUCUUCUUCGAUGGCGCUAUUGCUCAGAUCAAUAAGCACGUUAACACACUUGAUGACCCUUUGAUUCGUUCAAAAUGGAUGAAUGUAAAGAAAGCAAUUACCGAAGAAACUGAGGUAGUGAAACAAUUGGAUGCCGAGAAAAGGGCUUUUAAGGAGGUUCCUAUGGGUAGACGUCCUAAUUCACCUCCCAUUUCAACAAAGUCAUCUUCUUUUGUCUUUCAACCGCUUGAUGAGUACCCCACCUCAUCCGGUGCUCCAAUGGAUGACCCUGAUGUUUGGAGACCACCAAGUCGAGACACAACAAGAAGACCUGGAAGAGCCGGUCAGGGAGGUAUGAGAAAGUCCCCACAAGAUGGAGCCUGGGCUCGUGGAUCUACUACGAGGACUGGAACCACAGGCCGUGGGGGAAGGACGAGUGGCUCUACUAAGGCUACUACUGGGGUUCGAUCUUCAACUACUGGGAAGAAAGGACCUGGAAAAUCUGCAAAAUCCGAUUCUACGGAUGGUGAACCUGAAGAGGGGAAGAGUAAAAAAGGUCAGUACGAGGGGCCUGAUGCGGACCUGGCUGCUAUGCUUGAGAGGGAUGUCUUGGAUAACAGCCCUGGUGUGAGAUGGGACGAUGUUGCUGGGUUAAGUGAAGCCAAAAGACUUUUGGAGGAAGCAGUUGUUCUCCCAUUGUGGAUGCCAGAAUAUUUCCAGGGAAUCAGGAGACCGUGGAAGGGUGUUCUUAUGUUUGGGCCUCCUGGAACUGGGAAAACGCUUUUGGCGAAGGCUGUUGCUACAGAGUGUGGGACGACAUUUUUCAAUGUUUCUUCUGCCACCUUGGCUUCAAAAUGGCGUGGGGAGAGUGAACGCAUGGUGCGAUGCUUGUUUGAUCUUGCUCGCUCGUAUGCUCCCAGUACAAUUUUCAUUGAUGAGAUUGAUUCUCUUUGUAAUGCUCGAGGGGGUUCAGGAGAGCAUGAAUCAUCCCGAAGGGUGAAGUCUGAACUUCUUGUUCAGGUAGAUGGUGUAAGCAACUCUGCCACUAAUGAAGAUGGCACUCGGAAGAUUGUAAUGGUUUUAGCAGCUACAAACUUCCCAUGGGACAUAGAUGAGGCAUUAAGGAGACGUUUGGAAAAACGUAUAUAUAUUCCGUUACCUAACUUUGAGAGCCGGAAGGAGCUUAUAAAGAUAAAUUUAAAAAGUAUUGAGGUAGCGGCAGAUGUGGACAUUGAUGAAGUAGCUCGUAAAACAGAGGGAUAUAGUGGAGACGACCUUACAAAUGUUUGCCGAGAUGCUUCUAUGAAUGGAAUGAGGCGAAAGAUAGCUGGGAAGACACGUGAGGAGAUUAAGAACAUGGCCAAGGAUGACAUUGCUAAGGAUCCUGUUGCUAUGUGCGACUUCGUAGAAGCUAUUUCCAAAGUUCAACCGAGUGUCUCAGCAGCUGACAUUGAAAAACAUGAGAAAUGGUUUGCAGAAUUUGGAUCAGCUUAGGAUAAUUUUGAUGUUAGCAAUUCAUUUAGUUUCCUUUCGUCUGUCCAUAUUUGGAAGUGUUGGUUCUUCUUUCUUGUGUACUAUUCGAUCUUUUGAUCAGCACCUGGACUGAUCGACUUAUGUAAAAUGACAAAUCACCGGGUUUUAUGCCUCAUUGUUCAUGGGUCUAUUGGAUUUUUAUUUUCUUUCAA